CUUGUGUCCAGGACUGUGCGGGUUGCUAUGCAAGUGCCGGUCGUAAUGACAAACUCCUUGGGACAGAAGAUCUCCACUGUGGCCGUGCAGUCAGCGAACUCUUCACUCUUCACUACAGCGCCCACCAACACCGGCUCAGCAACCGGUGCAAACGCACCCAAAGUCCUAAUCCAGACCAUGCCAACAAUGGUUCCCGCCACGGCCGAGAACGGUGACAAGAUCACGGUCCAGCUCGCCAAGAUAAUCACCAUCCCAGCAGCCCAGCUCACACAGUGCCAGCUACAGGCCAAACCGGGCAUCAAUCUGAUGGGCGCCUCCCUUGCUCUCCGAGCCCUUGCGCCCAUGUCUGUGGCGCCGGGGGCGCAGGUGGUCAGAUUGGCAGUUCCAGCCCAGCAGAGUCCAGCUCAGGGGAAGACGCAGGUCCCCGUUUCAAUCCAGACGCAAACUCAAUUCCCAAUCUCCGUUCAGAUGGCAUCUACUCCGGCAUCAGUUCCAGUUCAGAUCCAGAUUCAACAGAGCCAGCUUUCUCCAAAAGCAAUAAGCGCAGAGUCGAAACCCGACAGCACUUCGGCAGAACAGCCUGAGCAGGACAAUCCCACACAGGAAGCAGCAGCAGUGGUGAUCGAGGAAGGUUCAAAUCCACAGACUGAAGCAGAGAGCUGAAGAGUGAUGCCUUUUGUCAGUCAUGAACAAUAAUAAAUGAACUUAUAUUCCCCAGAUACCAUUCAGUCACAUUCUGGGAGUACAAACUGGAGAUUUGUUGACUUGUACAGUUUCGGAGUUCAAUUGUGGUUUCAUUUUAUAUGUAAAAAAAAAAAAAAAUCAGGCAAAGACCACAAUUCUCACAUCAUGUGGAUUAAAUCUGGAUGUCCAUCAUUUCAAUUAUGAGUUAUUAAAGGGACCAAUGUAAAGGACA